AUGGACUGUGGAAGUACCGGAACCGCUGCGGGGAUUGACCCCAAAAUCUUAGAUAACUGGCAAACUGAAGGCGCCUAUUCCGUCGCGUCGUGGGAACAUCUGGGCUACGAUCAACCGCCCGAGUGGGAUACCAGCCAGGAAUCAAGCCAGUGCGAUGCCGACAUCGCCGACUUGGGAACCUUCCAGGGUCCAUUGAACGAAUACCGUCGUUUGGAGAGGAAGCGUGAUGUAGCGCCCGAGAAUUUGAGCUACAUCGAUGGGGUCCCCGUCGAGGGCACCGGCAGCGGCACGAUCAGCCCCAAGACGAUCCCAUCGUCCGCAGACGAAAACUUCCACUCCGACGAGGCCUGGCCGCACUUCCAGCUGUACAACUCGGUGGGAAUGCCCAUGGACGCCUCACUGCUCUACCCUUACGCGAAAGGACCGAACCCCGCGACCGGGGCCGUGAUCGUCGAUGAUGUGGGCGAGAUGCCUCAUGGCGGCUUUCCGGAUGCUCCGGCAGAGGGCAUCAUGUCCUUUCAGCAGAUCCCUCAAUCCUUUCCCAUGAUCCCCGAGCAGUGGGCCGAGAUUCAACACAGCCUGCCCGCAGAGAACAUGCCCCCGCCCGAUGCGAUCCCAAUCGCGACAAAGACACAGGGAUCCCCCAAGAACCACUCAUUGCACCAGUUCCAAACAUCGAUCCGCUCUCUUGAAUCGCGUUGGCUUAACAGUCUAGAGUCUCAACUUCCCAUCCCGCAAAUCGCGCCGCAGAACGUUGGGAACAAUGCUUCAAUGGGACAAGAGUUCCAAUUCAAAUCGGAGAAUUCUUCAGUUUCGGGGGAUAUGUCAGGUAUCUACGAGUGCUCGUACUCUGCUACGAGUGAGGACGCUCCAGCAUUCGCUGAUCGCCAGCUGUCCGACGACGACACCCAGUGGAAGAUGUCUCCGCACGAGCCUAGCUCGCGCGAGGGAUCGCAGCCUGCGCCAAAGACCACCGCCUUCAUGGUGAGCGAAGUUCCCGAGUCCAUGGCAGCUGGUGGAUCGAGGUCGAGGGCUUCCUCGACCGCUGGGCGGGGUGGACGCCCAAACGCACUCGCUAUGCAGUCCACAGCUACUGUCAGGAAGCGCAAGACCAGAAACCCUGGCUCUUCGAUUGACCACGGCGUGAGACCACUGCAAAUUGUCCAGGAAGAUGGACAAGGUGGUUCCAUUGCCUCCGCAGAUUUUGUCUCGCCACCUCGUGGGGCCCGUCGCAAGGGCCCCUUGAGUAUGGUUGGACGAGCUAAUGCAGGCUUGCGUCGAAAGAACAAAGAUACGUGUGUUCAAUGUAGGCUGAACAAACGCAAGUGCGAUGGUAGCUCUCCCUGCGACGCUUGUCGCCCAACGCUUCACGAGCAGCCAUGUGCUCGUGCAUGCUUCUCCAGCAUUGUCGAAUUUGGAACUUGCAACUAUAUCUGUACGUCUAGUCCACUUCUACCUUUCCAUGACCCAAGCUCAUCCCUUCUAGCUCAACGUGCUGUCAACCAUCCCACAAUGGACGGUAGCAACCGAGUUCGAAUGGAAAUUCCAUCCGAGUUCGACCUCGGUCAGCUCUUGUCUUUGCUCGCUGAGCGUCAGGGGCGGUUCAACAUCCGCGCCAGUCAGGCUUGGGGCUCUCUCUACGUCCUCGACCUGGGAGAAACCUACAAGUUCCUCAAGAAUCUCAGCGAGUAUAACGGCAACUCCAAAUCCACAUUCUUGGAGUUCAUUGAUCGUCGAAUCGUCGACUCGAAGGACAAGUCUAAAAACUGGCUCUCCUGUGUCGCCGACUGUGACCCUAUGAACCAGGCCUACACUCUCCUGUCACAAUGGAACAACAUGCCCAGCCGGGCAAAAUACAGUUUUGUCAGCUUAGACGACUCCCCAGAGCGAACAAUGGAUAUCAACAACCCCUCAGAUCGCCGCGAAAUUCUUCUCGCAGCUCAACUCUCCCGGAUCUUCUGCCGCAUGCUUGAAGUCGAAGGUUUCCGCAAACUCGAACGCGACUUCUACAACAUCAAAUGGAAGCAAAUCUCCCACGAAACUCACCUCCGCUUCCUCAACGAACUCGGACACAUUCUGCUUACACUCCGUUGGCGCGUCAGCUGGUGGAAGCGACUCGGCGACGGCGGUAAAUCUCCCGACCCGACACAGCAGCAUUAUAUCGAUCGCGUGGAGUUGCUAUGUCGCAUUCUCUACGUUUACUAUACGUGCGUGCAAGCCAAACUUCCAUCAUGGAGUGCCGCAGAGGUGCCGAAGGGUAAAUGGAGUACGUAUGCGGAUUCAGAGACAGUUUGGGAUGACUUCCCCUCUGAUUCCAGUGACGGGGGCUUCCAAGGUUGGAUGGACAGGGGACAAGAUCUCAUCGAGGCGGCAGGUGUCCCUGGGCGAGUUUCGAAGUUCUAG